UAUUACACUGACACUGACAACAUGAAGUUUGUCAAAGGGAUUUUACUUCUUCAACUUAGCGCUAUCUGUCAAGCUUUACUUAAUUCAACGACACAAGUACCUCCAACAAAUUCAUCUGUUCUGCCUGAUGGAAACUUUACACAAUUUGAAGAAGACAUUAACGAUACACCAUACAUUGAACUACUUUCUGGAAAAUGCCACUGGACUCUGAAAAUGUCUAAAAACUCUCCUAUCGUGGAUGUAGCAGUUGAUGUAGAGUUAGCAGACAGGCUAGCUCUGCAGAUCUGUCAGGAUCUUGGCUGUGGACAAGUCUACAACAUGAAGAAAAUCAAAUAUCCCUCAAACUCCUCCUGCUUAUCUGAAUAUCAAAAUCAAAUGGGACGGCUCCAAAACUGUUCUUUUAAAGAAGUCCAGGACUGCGUGGUGAUCUCUGAAGCUCUGUGUGGAGCCCACAUGGUGCGCUUGUCCGAGGGCAAGGAUCGCUGUGCUGGGCGGGUGGAGCUGUGGAGAGAGGAUCAGUGGGGCUCCGUGUGCGAUGACCACUUUGACCUGAAGGAGGCUCAGGUGGUGUGUACUCAAAUAGGGUGUGGAUACGCCCUAAACGUGAGCGGACAGGUUGGUCUCUUUCCCCCGGGUAGAGCAGGUCCGGUUCUCCUGGACGAUCUCAACUGCACCGGGACAGAGCCAAACCUGUGGGACUGUCCUGCCACUGAGAACGUGGACUGUGGACACAAAGAGGAUGCAGGGGUGGUGUGCUCAGAGAUGAAAGCAGUACGUCUGUCUGGGGGGCUGGACCACUGUUCAGGGAAAGUGGAGAUUCAUCGUAACGGGACGUGGGGGACCGUGUGUGACACCUGCUGGAACAGAGACCUGGCCUCCAUGAUCUGCUCCAUGCUCCAGUGUGACCCGGACCCCCAAAACUUCACCCAGUUCAACCCACCUCUGAGCCACAACCCUGGGCCUCUGUACUACUACCACUGCCCCCCCAGCUCCAGCGCGACUCUAUGGGACUGCAGGGAGAUCUUCAACAGGCCACACCUCUGCAAAAAUACCAACGCAGCAGGGGUCAUAUGCAGAGGUUCUCUUGGGUUUCCAGUCACCACUACAGACAAAUCUGAUGCAAAAACUACUGGGAAGGUUACAGAUGCUACCACAGCGAUGCCGGGUGACUCCUCUCCUCUGCUCUCUGUGCCAGUCCUCGCUCUUGCCUCUGUGUCUUUGCUGCUGUUGGUUUUUCUCAUUGUGAACACGGUGCUCUGCUGCCACUUCAAGAGCAGGCAUGCAUUCAUGGUUCAGCAGUCGCACAAGAGUCAGUCCAACUCAAAGCAACGACGCAACAGUUACAAAGAGUCCGUGGACCUCACUAAAAUCACCACCAACCCAGGUCCUAACCAUGCCUUCUUCACGAGCCCUGUUUGGAUGCAGCUUAGUGUUGACCCUCCAGUAGAAACAGACUCUUAUGAACCGUCCUUUUCCACAUUUCGCAAUUCUCAGAGACACCGAGAUGACAGGAAUCCUUUGAUGAGACCUUUGGAUUUAAAUUGCCUCCAUGAAGAAGCCUCUGAGCCCGUUCACGGAGAAGUGGGGGCGUUUCUGAGCUGUAACGGUGCAGACUUCAGACCAAUGUCACAGAUCACCUCCAACUCCUUUGACACGUCCAGCACCUCAUCUGACGAAACCUACAAAAACACAACCCCCCACAGCGAAUGGCCUCCAUAUAAAGAGAAAGAGGAGGAGGAGGAGGGUCCAGUGUACAGCCCUGUGAGCCCAGAGACAGACACUUCUUCUGAGGAGGACUACGAUGAUGUGGCCUGAGUUUGACGGAGCAUGAGAGAGGGACACUGUGAAGGGGAAUAAGAUGAGACUUUA